AUGACGUCUUUGAAUAGUGAUGUUAAUUCUGUGACAAAAUUGAAGUUUAGUGUGGACAGUAUUUUGGGUAAUAAUGAUUCUCAUCACUCGAGUACGCCGGUUACGGAGGUGUCUCGGAGUCAGGAGCCACCAUGCGCCGGUUGCGUGGCUGCGCUGUACCGCUGCUGCAGGGAUGAACCUCCCCUUCUUCAGCUUCCCUUGCCUCUUCCAUACACACAUUUACAUCCAGCAUUAAGGCCUACUACAGUGUACAGGCUACCUCUUCCCUCGUCAUCACCACCGCAGUCAUCAUCAGCUCCUCGGUGUGACGUCACGUCAAGUGGCAAGAGGAAGCGAUCCUGGUCCCGAGCAGUGUUCAGUAACCUUCAACGAAAAGGACUGGAGCGACGGUUCCAAAUACAAAAAUAUAUUACGAAGCCAGACAGGCGACAACUGGCGGCUACCUUAGGACUCACUGAUGCUCAAGUAAAAGUCUGGUUCCAAAACCGCCGUAUGAAAUGGCGACAUACUAAAGAAGGGCGCGGUGGCAUAGCAGGCACAACAGGUCUACCUGGACGAGACCCUGACUCCACCAACGAUGACAACGAAGACAUUGAUGUUGACACACUCAGUGAUUAA